AUGAGCAAUUCAAUAAGAGAUCUCGGAUCGAAUCGGUAUAUCAAUAUCGAUUCGAUCCGAGAUCUCUUAUUGAAUUGGAAUAAGUUCGGCCGCGGAUCACGAAAUCUUGGUGAUCUUCUCUAUCUAAUGAAUAAUGAAUGGGGAGUCUGCUUUGAAAUCGUCCGCCCUGGAACCACCCCCGAGUCUAUGUCUUCAACAGGAAUUACACAAAGGUAG